AUGGAGGUGGGCUUUUGGCGGUUCCUCACCGAGCCGGACGCCGACGGGCUCCCGCUGAAGCAGCGGAUCCCGGAGGUGGCGCUGUUCCGCGGGUGCUCCCUUCUGGCCGGAUUUUAUUCGAAUCAGCGGGGCUUGCUCCAGAAGCGGGCCAGCUGCAGCAAGCAGUUCUUGCUGGACCGGCUCCUGGCGCUGUCCACGAAGACGGCGGACGCGCGGGACCUCUGUGCACAGACGCCGGUGGCGAUUCUGCGGCACCACGCAGGCGCUCCAUGCGUGCCGAAGGCGCAGGUGCUGAGCGCUUCCCAGCUGAUGGAGCUCUUAGAAAGGACGGAGCGGGGCCAGGUGCCGCGCGCCGCAAAUGGCCUCCCGCACCUGGGCGAGGAGGAGUGGUCCCUGCAGUCCCUGGUCUUGCCACCCAGCAACCUCCGCAUAGUCAGCGUAUACUCCCGUGAGCCGAACGGAGACGAGUCCUGGGACGUGGUGGGCCAAGCCUUCACGCAGGCGUAUCCGCUGAGCAACGCUCCCUGGCAAGGAGGUGCGUCGCCCUCAUCGAAGGUGCCGGUGCCCGCAGCCUUGGCCUCGCAGGUGGAAGCCAAGUCCCGGCACCUGGUGGCGUACGUGCAGCGCUUCCAUGGGCGAUCGCUUCUCAGUCUCGUCUCGGAGUUCGUGCCGGAUGCCGCGGGCAAGGCGGUGCUGCACGGUUUCUGGAAGGUGGAGCUGUCGGACAAGCCGGGCGGCGCCGCCUUUUCCUGGGAUAGCGAGAUGCCGUCCACGGCGCUGCCCUCGGAAAUGCACAGCUCCAGGCCCACCAGCGCCACCUUCUCCGCGGUGCAGUCCAGGCCGGCGCGCGGGGAUCUUCGGCCGCCCCUCGCCCGGCCGGAUGCCUCUCAUUCGAGCGGAGCGGGCGGCCGAAUGGGCGUGGAUGGCCAGCUGUUCCUCGCGGCCGGGGCAAUCAGCUGCUGCGCCGUUAAGGCGCAGCGGGCGCUCCGGAAGCGCUCGCUGCCGCUGCGCAAGGCGGAGGAGACCAAAGGCGACGACGUGAACUCGAAGCUGCGGGUGACCGUGCGGAACAACGUGAAGAUGACGGUGUGCCGCGUGGGGCUGUGGUCCAUCUUCACGGGGCUGGGGGCGUAUCUCCUGUACCCCUCCCUGCAGCAGUGCCUGUGGGUGGCCCUCACGGGCACGAAGCAAGUGGUGCCUCUGGGCGAUGUGGCCUCGGGCUAUGUGGGGAACAUCCUGGCGCUGAUGAGCGUGCUCUUCUCGAUCCUGGCGGGCAACUCCUACACUUCCCUCUACAGCCAAAACGAGGCCAUCUUCUGCGCGCUCUUCGCGGAGGUCUCGGAGGCGAAGGCCUUGAUGGAGCAGAUCGCGCUGGUCUGCUCUGGGAGGCCCUUCUACCGCUCCGCCCUGGAGAACAUCCGCCGCUACGUGGAGCGGGACUUGAGGCGCCUGGACCGCCCCCCCUCCAUCCUCUGCGCCAUCAAGCCCCGCGAUGACCCGCUGGAGAGCAUCCUGUACCUCACGAGCGUUGGGGUUCCAUCGGCGGUCUACGAGACGGUGAGGAGCCUGCGCCAGCGGCGGGGGGACCGCCUGGGCGCGGUGCAGCGUAAGCUGCCGCCGGUGCAGAUGGCGCUACUCUACGUCCUUGGAGGCUUUAACCUCCUGAGCUUGCUGCUGUUGGCUUUGCAGACGCCCUCUCUGGUCGAGAACCGCCUCUGCCGGUCGCUCUUCGCGGCCAUGGCCGGCGCUCUGAUGAUGACCAUGCGGGUCAUCCAUGAGCUCUGGACCCCCGUGGGCGGCGCCUACAACGUGGACGGGGUGCUCAGGGUGAUGAUCCGCGGCCUGGAGGACGAGUUGGACCAGCGCCUCAAGGGGAAGACCUUCUCGGACACGCGGCUGCCGCCUCCACCGCCGAGCUUCCAGAAGCCGGCGAUGCCGGCGGCCGCCACUCCCGCGGAGUCUUAG